AUGGAAUACGCCACAAAGACACAAAUCUACCAAAAGGUGAAGAAACCGAUGUUGGAACGCCAGCGUCGUGCACGCAUCAACAAGUGCCUGGACACGUUGAAAACACUUGUUGCUGAGCUCCGCGGUGACGACGGAAUUCUGCGCUUGGACAAAGCGGAAAUGCUCGAGUCGGCUGUGGUUUUCAUGCGUCAGCAGGCGUCUAACAAAAGGACGCAGCAAGUGGAGGAGGCACCAGUGCCUCUGGAGAGCUUCCGCAAUGGCUACAUGAAUGCUGUUAACGAAGUGUCGCGUGUUAUGGCCGCAACACCUGGCAUGAGCGUCGAUCUGGGCAAAUCAGUGAUGACGCAUUUGGGUCGCAUCUACAAGAACCUGCAGCAGUUCCAUGAAGCUCAAACAAUGACGACGACAAUGGCGCCAGCAGAACCAAUGACACCUCUGACUAUCAGCUGCCCGGCUCCACUUAGUCCCGCCUCGUCUGGUUAUCACAGUGAUUGCGAAAGUCCAGCACCGUCGCCAAUGGAGAGUGAGAAAUUGUGGCGCCCCUGGUAA